CGUCUGUUUACGACACCACAUUUUAAAAAAUGAAACACCUUUUUUUACUUUUUUUAAAAAAUGCAAAUUUGUUUUCAAAUUACGCUUGUGCUCGUCUGAACUGCAUAAAAACCCCCCGACACUUGCAAAGAGUCAUAAGUAAAAUUUAGAAUAAACAACCACUUAGCUCCUUUUUAAGUCCCCGUAGAAUCAAGUCAUCAUGAAGUCUCUGGUAAUCAAAUUUUGCUUUCAUGCAUUUAAACGUAUAAAAGCCUCAUUAAAUUAACAUUGACUGAAAAUAGGCGAUUUUAUUUUUGAUCCCUGCUUCGUCUACUAAGACCACUACGUCCACUGGCACAAUAACGUUACUAUGACCAAAUUCGCUUUUACCACGGUCCGAAAAACGAUAACCAUCACCAAAACUUUACCCGGAACCACGACCAUUAUUACUUCUACAACCCGUCCUGCGGUCACAACAACUAGCACAAUAACGAUUCCUACCACUUGGACUGUUACAACUAUAACCCGACCGAAGACUACAGUUACUGAAACAAUCACUAGUUUUUCGACGACAACAUUCACAACUACAAUGGUGAUUCCUACAACAACAACAACGACAGUCGAACCUACAGCUGUUACAUCGGUAGAACCCACGGUGGAUCCUAUUACUGAUCCUAAUUUUACAGAUGGGCCAACGGAUGCGCCAACGGACAUACCUACGGACAUUGUUGAACCAUCGAUCAGAAUGCUUACGGUCACCGAUUCCUACUAUUAGUCGUUUUUUACGGUGGGUUUUUAACUGUAUACCACAUUACAUUUUCAAUUAAAUCAUUUUACCUUGACGAUGUUUCACUAAGAAUUUUUGGGUGGUUGGUAAUAAACAUUAUAUUCUAUUCGA